CUUCUGUGCAGUGAAGUGAAGUGAACCUUCGAUGCUCAUGCAUUUUGCGCCUGCCAUUUUGCAAUCGAUCUUGGCUGUGAACAGGGAGAUCGAAAUGUUGAUAAAGCUUAACAAGUAUUCGACACGACGACAUCCACAUUUCUUCGUCAGGACUACUUCCCAUACGUAGGAAGACCGUACCAUUCAGGAUUGAGACUUUGGGGAGUUUAAACACAUUGAGAGAAACUGACUGGUACUGCAAGGAGCAACCUCGAUAGUCAGAAGAUCGCACAAAGGUGGUCUUCAGCAAGGAGGAACUGGAAGCAUUGAAGCUGGAACUAUAUGGAACUUUGACGAGGGAAACGAUUACUUCUCAACAGAGGAAGGUAAUUCUGAGAAAGGAGAAAGUGAGACACGUUUCAAAGUCUCAAGCAUUACAUACGUCGCUGUUUCCGCAGCACGCAAAGGAUAUGCAUAGAAAGGCGAAGUCUGUAGAGUAUGAAAAUGAUCAGCGUUCUAGCUCUCUCAACAGAGGACUGGAACAUUCGAUCAGUCCUGCACUCAAACUUGACAAGACAAAGUUCGCAAGGCCUCAAAACAAGAUUUCCAUGACUUGCCCACAAGAGGAGAGUAUACCUUUCGCUAAUUCGCAGUUGGUAGACGAAUGUCUUGAUCCUGGGCACUCACUUUAAAAUACAGGGAACCAAAACCAUGAUAAGAAACCAAAGAGGUUUCAUAAGAAACCUCCUAUGAAAGAUUCUGUUACACAGUAUACUUCUGCUGAGUUUGAGUGUGCACGGAAGCAGGAAAAAGCUUUGUGCAGAGAGUCGAUUGAGGGAGGAGGGAGCGCGUGAAGUAAAGACCUCUGUGGAAGCUGAGAAGAUUACAUGUCUUCCCUCAGUCAGUCAAUCACAUGUCUUUCCUUUAAAUAAAAAUAAAAAUUAAAAAAUUAAAA